ACCCUUAACUAUGCACAAGCGUACUGUUCACACAGGAGAGAAACCAUAUCACUGUGAUAUCUGUGGUAUAUCAUUCUCUACAUGGAGUGUAUUAGCUAGUCACAGGCGUUUUCAUACAGGAGGGAUACCAUAUGACUGUGAAAUCUGUGGUAAAUCCUUUUCUAAAAAUUAUAACUUAACCAUGCACAGGCGUGUUCAUACGGGAGAGAAGCCAUAUCAUUGUGAUAUCUCUGGUAAAUCAUUUGUUAAGAGUAAUAUACGAGAAGAAGGAAAACCUUUGUGUACUGUGAGGAGCGAAAGGAAAAUUAUGGAAAAUGAAUUACGUAGGAGUGAAGUUGAAUGUAAAAGAGAGUCUGAAGAGAUUGAUUUUUCUGAUGAGAAGAAUGAAAAGGGUAAAACAUCAUAUGAUUGUGAUAUCUGUGGCAAGUCGUUCUCUCAGAAAGCGAA